UCCUGGGACGGCGCUGGUGACACACAGACGAGAUCUCUCCUCACCCAAAUUCUACGUUGCGAUGGCGCGCUUGGAUCAGGUCAUUACGAAUGUGGUGGAUAUUUUCCUGGAAUAUGCUGAUGACGGAGGCAAGAAACACCGGUUAAACAAAGACGAGCUUAUUCGUGUGUUGGAGACAGAAAUACAGAGUCCUGAGCUAAAAGGUGCAAUUAAUGCAGAUGACAUCGAGGAAGCCAUGAAGCUGAUGGAUAAAAACCAGGACGGUGAGGUGACCUUCCACGAGUUUUGUCGCUGCAUAUCAAACCUGGCCAAAAGCUACUACAACAAAAAGACGGGAAGAGGUGACAAGAAAGGCAAGAACAAAGAGCAGGAGGCUGAACCAGAGACGACAAACCCCUGAAACCUGUGUAGUACCUGAAAUUCAUCCUCUAUAACAUUUAUACAUGGAUAUGUUCUAUGUGACACUGACUUUGUAAAAUUAAAACUGCAUCUCGUUUCUUCCUGUUUGCACAUCAACCAAGUUUAAAACAUGCAUGAAGAAAAGUCACAUCCAUUAUUUCUGUCUUAUUGUAAACCUUCUUUUAUUCUGUUCAGGUUGACAAUAAAAGUUUCUGUUUCUGCGC